GAGGGCAGGUAAGCGCUGGUGGUGUGAGGCGGUCGGAGGUGGCGGUAGGGCGCGGGCUUCGCUGGGCCUUCGAGUUUCGUACCCCGGAGCAGUCCCAGGAAUUCCGGGGACCGAUCUCUUCUGAACUGGAGCCUACUCCUGCCACCGCGGCGUCAUCGGGGCAAGAAACCGCCCCGGCCCCUAGUGGCGUAAAGGAAGGAGAAGGCCGGGGACAGGGGCAGGGGCGGGGGAGGAGGGGAGAAGGGCGGGACUAGCCCCAGAAGGGUUGGGAAGGGGGAAGAGUGUGUAGCUACGAACUGUCAACUUUAUCACCUACAUCCCUAGUGCCCCUUCUCCGAACCUGCAGUGCCUUCUUCUCUGAACCCCUUCUAACCAGGUCUGUUCAAAGAAUCACAAUAUCAGGUCUGGAAGCGACCUUGGAGAUCAGCCACUUCAUAUUUCUCACCUGGACUACUUCCUAAGGUAGAUGUGUGGAACAUGGAGUUACUGAAUAUCAGAGCUGGAAGAUACCUCAAAGAUCAUCUAGUCUAGCCCCAAGACACCACAUGGUGUUUGGAAAGAGCACUGGGCAUAAGAUCCAGGAAACCUGGGUUCAAAUCCUGGCUUUGACACUAGCUUUGUGGCAGUGGGUUGGACAUAUUCAAUUUACUUAGAAGGAGAAAUCAACAUUUUCCAAGAUGGGUGAAAGAAAAGGUGUAAACAAGUACUACCCUCCAGACUUUGAUCCAGCAAAGCAUGGCUCUCUCAAUCGAUACCACCACAGCCACCCCCUUCGGGAGAGGGCACGGAAACUCUCACAGGGUAUUCUUGUCAUCAGAUUUGAGAUGCCCUAUAACAUAUGGUGUGAUGGCUGUAAGAACCACAUUGGCAUGGGUGUUCGUUACAAUGCCGAAAAGAAGAAAGUUGGAAAUUAUUACACAACCCCAAUAUAUAGAUUCAGAAUGAAAUGUCACCUCUGUGUCAACUACAUCGAGAUGCAGACAGAUCCUGCCAAUUGUGACUAUGUGAUUGUAAGUGGUGCUCAGAGGAAGGAGGAGCGCUGGGACAUGGAAGAGAAUGAACAGAUCCUGACCACAGAGCAGGAGAAGAAACAGAAGCUGGAGACGGACGCCAUGUUCCGCCUGGAGCAUGGCACAACAGACCAGAGCAAGUUGCAGAAGGCCAUUCCCACCCUGUCCAACAUCCAGGAAGCCCAGAACGCCUGGAAGGACGACUUUGCCCUUAACAGCAUGCUAAGGAGGAAGUUUAGGGAAAAAAAAAAGGCCAUAAAAGAAGAAGAGGAAAAGACACUGGCCCUACAGACCAAAGCGAACCUCAGUAUCCCCCUGGUGCCUGAAACAGAGGAGGACCGGAAACUUGCUGCCCUACUCAAGUACCACAGUCUGGACUCAUAUGAAGACAAACAGAAAUUGAAACGAACAGAAAUCUUUGGCCGUUCCUGGUUCCCUUCUGCCUCAGGACCUGGAACCAGCAACAGCAAGGUGAACAACGUCCUCAAGAAGCUUGCAGUUAGUCGGAAAUUCAUGCCCAGUGGGUCCUCCAUCUCUAGCAGCGACCUAGGAAUUGUUCGUAGGAAGUCCAGGGAUGGCCUGGAGAGUCCUCAAGGAUCUGGAGAAGCUCCAGAGCCAAGUGAAAUGAAGGCGGAAGAAGAAAACCAGCCGGGAGGAUCUUCAGCAGUUAGAGACUAUUCUCCAGAUGUGGAGACACACAGGGGGCCUAGCACCUCUAUCCUCAAUUCUUCACUAGUUGCAGACUAUUCAGACUCUGAGAGUGACUAAUGUCAUUUCCUCCAUCCUAGGCUGGUCUCCACCUGCACCUCCCUCUCCAAGAAAUUCAGGAUUACCUCUGCCAGCUGAAGUAUGUGCUCACUCCCAGGAAGACUCCCUCUCAACAAAGAGAUUAUACCUGGGCUUCUUCCUACCAGGCCUUCUAAGAAACUUUUUUUUCUUUCCCAAGACCUGAUUUCCCUGUAAAUAAUUGGGUUUUUAUUUAUUUUACUGAGGAGGGAGGUGCAUGGUAUCUGGCUUGAAUUAUUAAACCCCCACCUAUUAAAUUCA